UGAAUAAUAGAAACCCUUCAAUCAAGCUAAAUUUGAACUUAAAGGCUUUAGUAAAUGCUAUAGCAUAGUCUGUAGAACAAUUUUUUUAAUUUAUUUAUGAAGUGAAAUAUUAAAAGAUGUUGCUUUGUAACUCUUUUGUAAACUUUUUCCCAGUGAACUCAAGUGAAUAGCUGUUUUUCAUAUGAUGACCGGAUGUGUUGCUAUUAGUAUUUCUACUUCUGAUUUUCAAUGGAUUUUUAACACGGAACCAAGUGAAACUUGAAACUCUCUGUGGUUUUCAUGUAGUUAUGGGAAGAUUAUAGUGCUGUUACAUUUCUUAACAUUACAUCUCCUUAUUGAAAGACGGAUGUGCAUGCUGCCAUUUUUAUUCUACAAUGGCUUUAAGAUGGAUGCUCGUAUUCCUUCUUCUUAUAGACAGCACAGUGUCCAGCUCUGAAGACACACUGUUUGUGCAGACAGGAGGAUCUGUUACACUGGAUAUACAGAAACAGGAACUACCAGAGUUUGAUAAUUUAGCCUGGAUGAAUGAGAAAUCAGACAAUAUAUUCAGAUAUUUUCCCAAAUAUAUAGCAUCUGAAAAAGAAAAACCUCACCCUUCCUACAAGAACAGAGCGGAUUUCAAUACUGAAACUUUUUCUCUGACAUUGAAGAACAUGCAGAAGACAGACAGUGGAGUUUACACAGCCAGUGCAAGUGGACUCUCAAACAUAAUUGUGGCGAAUCACAGAGUAUCUGUUAUGGAUCCAGUGGAAGCUCCUGUCCUAUCUGAAAACAUCUGUAGCUUUACAUGUAAAGGACAUAAUUUUACAAUCAGCUCCACUUACAAUAACAGCUGUUUUCAAGAGGAAUCAUCUGGAAACUAUAAUCUAAGGUUGUAUUGCAGUGGUGACUUUAUCAUCUGUAACCAUAGCAACCCCGUCAGCUGGAUGAAUGAUACAAAGAAAGUUAACGAAUCCUGCACUAAUAAAGACACAAGAAGCACUGGACAGCAAUCUGAGUAUAUCUCUUGGUUAAUUCCCCUUAUUGUCGUAUUGGCUUUGAUUGUGAUCGGGGUCUUCUGUUUCUAUAGGAAUAAAAAAGUGUGCUAACACGGCAACCUCCACCACCACCAGUUGUGUCCCGUCCUGCAUGGGGGUAGGCUCCUUGCCCCUGCCUCCUAUCUCCAGCAGGAUAUGACUGUUCCAAGUACAAUUUCUUUGGACCGCCAGACGGGGCCUACGCCAAAGAGAGACAUUACUUUUCUGUUUUAUAUUCAUCAAAUAAAUGCCAUCUUAAAUUUCACUCAAGUCUCACAGACUUCCAGAUAGAAAUGAAGUGCUCUAAUUGAACCAUUUAAAAUAAUGUUAUUGUAACUGAUCAGAUUAGGAAGUGACCUCUAACCAUCAUAGCUAAAAUUGUAAUUAUUCAAAGGGAUAUUAAAGGUUAAUUUAAACUCUGUUUCUAUGUACACAGCAUCUGUGGCAUGAUGUCAAUUAAGUCAAAAGUUUUAACCAAAUUCACAGCUUGUUUGUUACAAGAAACAACAUUUCUUGGAACCAUUAUAAUGAAACCAUUUAUUUAGGUGCUUUAACACAAAUACAAUACAAGAUUAAUUCUGAUUUUAAAAUAUCACCUGCUUUUCUAUGGAGGACAAAACA